GGGUACAGUUCCUUAAGAUAAAGGUAGGUGGUUAAAGAUAGAAUACUUAAAUUGAGCUGUACUAUUCAAAGAUAAGGCUCACUUUUGUCUAACACAGUGACAUAUCCUUAGUUAUACGAUACGCGAUUAUAAUACUCGUUACAUUGAUAUGUGCUAAAUAUUUGGACAGACUAGUUAUUGUCUGUGUAUAUUAUACAAUUAUAGAAAAACCUAAGGCCUUUUAGAAGACUUUACCAUUAAAAAUGAAUCUCAUACCGUUAUAAAUAAGGUUCAUUUUAAUUUUUAUUAGGCUCGAAUUUAAACAUCGAUAAACAACGGUUUCUAGGCCGUGUUAGGACGAUAUCAAAAGUUUCUUUCUCCGAUACAAAAAGCAAUUUUACUAAGCAUUACCUAUUCUGCAAAAGAGACGCCACUAUGUAAAUGCUCUAUCCUCUCCCUCUUCAACAAAAUAAUGAAAGUUCUAGAACUUUCCCAAUCGGACCCUACUCUUACGAAGCUGCGAUCACAAGGCAUUUUGGCACUAACGUGUAUAUUCACAAAGUACAUUUUUAUUUACAAAAAGACUUACUGUAAUUCCUUUCAGAGCGACAUAAAAUACUGUGGAAUAAUAUUGAAGUUUAAUAAAAUGCAAUACUGGAAGCUAAAGGGUGAUUGUAAAAACUAUUUACGCGAAGAAUGUAAUUAUUUGACAAAGAAUUGAAUGUAUU